CUCAACCACUCUCUCUCUCUCUCUCUCUCUCUCUCUCUCUCUCUCACACACACACACACACAUAGAACUCUCACACUUCCCAUGUGCACUGCUCCAUCAGUUCUUGCUGGCUCUCUCUCAUGUCCAGUUAAGACUUAAAAAAAAGGUUUUUGAAUGUCACGUUCAAUAACAUGAACUUGCAGUUCAACACUCCAUAACUUUAGAGCUCUCUUUCUCUCUUUCUCUCUUUCUCUCUCUCCAUCUCUCCUCACACUGUGGGAGCAUGGAUUCCAAUACCAUUCUCGAUUAUGCUCUGUUCCAACUCACCCCAACAAGAACGAGAUGCGAUCUUGUUGUGUUUUAUGGGAAGAAGAGCGAGAAACUGGCAUCUGGGCUUUUGGAACCCUUCGUUGCUCACUUGAAAUAUGCUAAAGAUCAGAUUCCAAAAGGGGGAUAUUCGAUUACUCUUCGCCCCCCAAGUGAUGAUGCCUCAUGGUUCACGAAGGCCACAUUUCAAAGAUUUGUACGUUUUGUGAGCACGCCUGAGAUUCUUGAGAGGAUUAUACGUAUAGAGCGAGAAAUUUUGCAGAUUGAUAGUUCAACUCAAUCUAAUGAAAAUCCUACAGUGGAUGAGGCAGGGCAUCCCAUGGAAGGGAACAUAUCAGUUGCUGAUGGAAACCUGAAGAAAUCAACUAAUUCUUCUAAGUUAUCCUCCGAAGAAGAAGAUCAUGGAGCUGAACUGAGAGAACAUUCUAGGGCUCGUCUUCAACGUCUUAUGGAUACACGAAAAGCAUUACUUCUGAAAGAGCAAGCCAUGGCUUACGCCCGUGCAGUUGUGGCUGGGUAUGAAAUGGAGGACAUUGAUGAUCUUAUAUGCUUUGCUGAUACAUUUGGAGCCUCACGACUAAGGGAGGCAUGCACCGAUUUCAAGGAGCUUUACAAUAGGAAACAUUCAGAUGAUCAAUGGAUGGAUGAAUUAGCAGCAGUGCAAGCAUCAUCUGUGACUGACCUCCCAUAUCUGGCAACAUCUGGAAUUAUGCUCACAGGUGAAAACUUUCAUGGCAAUGGAUUCUCCGUCCCACUCGAGAGAACAGGCUCCUCCGACCCUUUAUCCGACACAGAUAAGAGUAAAGAAAAUACUUCUACGGGUGAACAGAGACCAAAUAUGCAGCAGGUGCCAUGGAUGAAUCAGAUUCCUCCAUAUAUGUACAACUUUCAAGGUCCAAUGCAGCAAAUGCCGGCAUACCAAGGCUAUCCUUACCCAGGUAUGCCGCCAUAUUAUCCAGGGAAUAUGGGGUGGCCAUCUCCGGGUGGCCCUAAUGGAACGAAGAACCAUAGAUCAUCUCGGAGGAAGGAGAAAUCUUUUAAUGCAAAUGAUGCAGAUAAAUCUGAGGAAGACGAAAGUACUGCUUCUAGUAAUUCAGAUGUUGGGACUGAUUCAAACGAGGAACAAGAGCAAGAUAAGAAGCCGUCUUCGAGGGCGCAGAAACAUGGGAAGAAGAACAAGAAGAAAUCUUCCAAAACGGUUGUUAUCCGUAACAUAAACUACAUAACAUCCCAGAGGCGCAAUGGAGAAGAUAAUGAGUACUCUGAAGAGUCUUCGGGAGAAGCUCUGUCACUUGAUGAUGUCUCCAUCAGAAAGGGGGUAGAUGAUGCAAUUGCAUCGUUGGAGAAACGUGGCCACCCUAAAGCACAUAAAAGCAGAGGAAAACACGAACUUGGAAACAACACUGAUGCUGAUGUUUCUGAAGGAGGGAAAACAGCUGAUCCUUGGGGUGCUUUUCAGCAUCUUCUCCUUAGUAAUGAGGACUCGAUUUCCAGUGAAACGACGAAGCAGCAAGAUGGAGAUCCCAUGCUUGAACAAUUUAUGAUGAAAAGUCCCAAUGGUGGUGGGCUUUCACACAAAACUAACGACGCGCUUGACUUGGAAUCUGAGAAAGUAAAAAGACAGCCUUCAACUAGUGAUGAUUCAGUUCUUGUGAUUCACAGAGAAGGGGUGAAUGGUGGCAAUACUCACAUUGUGGAUUUUGCAAAUGGUGAAGAAAUGCAGGUGACUAUGAAGAAAACAGUUUCCGAAAAUGAGAAUGCAUUGUUUUCACAACAAUCCAGAGGAUCAGGAACCACUCUGGGAGCUUUACCAGAUUUUUCCUCAGAAUCAACCACUAUUCGAAACAGGAGAGAGGAAGACUGGUUUGUUACUAACUCCCAAACACAAGAAGCUAAACAAUCGGGAUUUGUCAAUCCCGACUCGUUCUCCUAUGCAAGCGACAUGGCCAAGAUAGAAGCAACGAGAGGAGCUGCUGUGAUUGACGACUCCUUCAUCAUAGAAUCGAGAUCAAGAGCUGACAAUCAGUACGACUCUCACUGGAGAACAGACAUCAUCAUGGAUGCUGAGAUGGACAUAGCCCCCCACCCAGAAAACGGAAGUCCGGCCAUUUCUGGCUCUGCCGAACCUGAUGACCUCUGUAUGAUGCUUGUAAGGGAGUCGCAAGAAUCCGGUGCAUCCUGGACGCCGGAUAUGGAUUUUGAAGUCGAAAUCUCUUACAACGAAGCUGAUAAAAAAUCUUCCCCCGCAAAGCUGAAUGGUGAAGCUGCAGAAGAACUCGUUGCCAAUGGUAAACAAGCCAAUGGCAAGAAAAAUGCAGGCCCAACAAGUAAACUUCCCGGGAGAUAUGAUAGGCCUCGAGUAUCGGGGGGAUCUCCCGCUGGCAAACUGGAUCCUUAUUCCAAGACUAAGAAGAUAUCUCCAGCAAGUAGGUCACUGACUCAGAAGAGCAAGCUGCAGAAGGAAGAGGAGGAACGCAAGAGACUGGAGGAAGCGCGGAUCCAACGCCAGAAGAGAAUAGCUGAAAGGUCAGCUCUCAGCGGAUCGUCUCCUGCAGCAUCCAAGAAGGUUCCAGUUGGAAGCAAGUCCGCGAUCAGAUCUUCGUCUGCAGCCCGUGUUCCAAAGAGUAUGUUCUUCACGAGAAUAUUUAUCGUUUCUUUAUUUAUAGUUUAUUCAAAUAAAUAUUCUUUCGAACAAUCCACCGAGUUUUUGUCAAAGCAAGGGGGGCUCACCAAUUUCACUAAUUUUUUAAUCGGCGUGUUCAUCAAUAGGAGGCACGAAUUUAGGUUAUUUUUUGAGAGCUCUAUAAAAGUUCUCAUUGUUGUUCUUGCCAUGUCAGCGGGCGCAUUUUGUGGUGUUGCGCCUCUCAUUUUUCGUAAGAAGGCUUCUACAUUUGAGAAAACAGGGGCUCAUACCAAAAACUCCCCAAGCAUUAUUCAAUCUAGGAAUGUCAGGGUCACGAAUGUUCCGACGGUUAGUAGUCCACGUGGAGUGGCUGGCAAUUUUGUUGCCAUGACAGAUAUUAGGAACAAGAUUGCCUGCUUCAGAGACUUGCUUGAUUUCUCACCUUGUGCCGGCUCUGCCACUCUGCUUGAGCUGUUAGUAUUGACCCUUAAUGAUAUUUUCCAACGGUAUCCAAAGAUCAGACCCGCGUCAGAAUUUCAGGAUGCAUGCAUUCAUAAGGUUCUGAAGGUCUUCUGUAAUACUCUGCAAUCACUCGGGGAUCUCUGGACAACGGACAAGUGGAUGGUCCGCUGCAGUUACGAUUCGUCUGUGAAAUUGCAACACUUUGAGUUAGAGCACAUUGCGGUGUUGAUGCUUGAAGACAUCAUCAAGCUAGCACGGGAGAGGUUGUUUGAUGAGAUGGAUGAUGAUGAUGACGAUUGUAUGAGUGACUAUAGCCCUGCAGCAAAUGCAUUUUCAAAGGCGUUGUCCGAGUCUCAUUUUGAUAACAGAACAUCGUUUUGUGGAUCUCCGGUGACUCCUACUUCAGUCCUUCAAGGUGCGUGGAGGUCUCCAUCUUGCUCGGAGAAGGGGUCCGUUUCACCUCCUAUGCUCGUACCGGUUAGAGUUGGGAAACUAAGCCCCAUCGAUGUGAAGCGCCUCUCCUUCCAUAUGCUUCCGCAUGCAGCUACUAUUGCCCAAGAUCCUAAAUACAUGGUCCUAAUGAAUAAUUUGGAAAAGGAGCAAAGAGAGUUUGAACUGAUGCAGCAGUCUCAUCAUGAGGUGGAUAAGGAUAAUCAAGAUGAUGAAGUGGCGGGUGAGAUGGAAAUGAUCGAUAUUGUUAUUCAUGAUUCUCAAAAUGAUGGUACAAAGAUUUCUUCUGUUGUGAGAAGAAAUGGAAGAAACUGGAUUGGUGUUGGAAAUCAGACAACUCCAAAUAUGGUGUUGAAGCCUGGUUUGCAAACACUGCUUCAGUUGCCUAUUCCACCAUCACAGCCCAUGUUGCUUCCUAAAAAUGAUCAAGUGUUGAGAUAUCCAAUGCCGCCUACCCUUGACAGAGUACUACCGGCGUCAUUUCCUCCUCCACCACCACCACCACCACCACUACUCUUUACACCGAGCAAUUUGGCAGUCACACCCCCUCCACCACCACCAUUGCCACCGCCACUCACUACACCAAGCAGCCCUCCACCGCUACUUACAACGCCAAGCAAUUUGGCAGUUGCACCCCCUCCACCACCGCCACCACCACUUCUGAUAGCUGCUGACAAUGCUGCGCCUGCUCCACCCCCAAUAGCAUUGGUUAAUUGUCCUCCACCACCACCCCCUCCUCUUCCCACAGACACAUCAACUGCUCCUCCUCCACCGCCUCCUCCACCCAUGAUGAGCGCAUCAAAGGGAGACGGACCAGCUAUGCCACCACCUCCUCCUCCACCCAUGAGUGCAUCAAAUGGGCGGCCACCACCGCCACCAUUGGCACCAACAGGAAACGGAUCGGCUCCCCCACCCCCUCCCGGGGCUGCAUGCCUUCGUCCAAAGAAAUCAGCCACCAAAUUGAAGAGGUCUUCGCAAAUGGGCAAUCUGUAUCGAACUCUCAAAGGCAAAGUAGAAGGAUCAGCUUCACAUGGAAAAUCAGGAGGACGAAAGGCUAAAGUCGCCGGAGGAGGAGCCGCCUCCAAUGGAGGGAAACAAGGAAUGGCCGAUGCAUUGGCGGAGAUGACAAAAAGGUCAGCAUACUUCAUACAAAUUGAAGAAGAUGUCAAGAAAUAUGAGGGAGUGAUAAAGGAGUUGAAAACUGCUAUCGGUUCCUUCCAGACAUCCGACAUGUCUGAGCUCACCAAAUUCCACAAACAUGUCGAGUCUCACCUCGAGAAACUAACAGAUGAAACUCAGGUGCUAGCAAGAUUCGAAGAUUUUCCCAGCAAGAAAUUGGAAGCCAUAAGGAUGUCAGCAGCUCUGCACCUAAAGUUAGAUGCAAUUGUCACCACUCUGCAGAACUGGCAAAUAGUUGCGCCUGUUGGCAAACUCCUCGACAAAUCUGAAGGUUACUUCAACAAGAUCAAGGUGGAACUCGAUGCACUCGAGCGAACUAAAGACGAGGAGUUGAAGAGAUUCCAAGCUCAGAAGAUCAAUUUUGAUUUUGGGAUCCUAGUACGCAUCAAAGAACUCAUGGUUGAUGUUUCUUCUAGCUGCAUGGAGCUGGCUCUUAAGGAGAAGAGAGAAGCCAAGGCCAAAGAAGUGAAACAACAAAAGAGUGAAGGGAAGACCGGAUCAGCCAAAAUCCUGUGGAGGGCCUUCCAGUUUGCAUUCCGUGUCUACACAUUCGCCGGAGGGCACGACGACCGCGCCGACAAGCUCACCAAGGAAGUGGCACAUGAAAUCGAGACCCAAAACUAGUGGACACUAUCCCCAUGUUCGUUUUGUCCCAUGAAAAAGCCAAUCCCCACCCCCUCAAAAACUCACCUCAACAAUUAAGAAAAAGAAAAAGAGAAAUAUAUAUACAUACAUAUAUAUAUAUAUAUAUGUGUGCUUAAAUGAACACGGCGACCAAACAAAUGUAGAUAUUUGAGACGUCUAUUUAUUGAACUUGCUGGCAUUUCCAAGUGUGUAUGGUUCAGUAAAUUAUUGUGGGUAGAGAGUAGCAACUGAAACUCUAUUAGCUUUGCAUCACCACUAUUUUAGAGCGCAUUUUAUUUGUUUGAGUCAUUCAUUCUGCAUA